AUGGAGUACAACAGGUUGAAGUUAAGGAAGCAGAACAGAGAUACCCGUCUCAUGGCACGAAGCAUUAUAGGGAGGGUGUUAGAGAAACUCUCUGUUCUGCUCCUUCGAGAACCAGCACCUUUGGUUGGAGUCGAAGAACAGCUCCAAUGGAUCCAUAGGGAAUUGAGCACUAAGAUCCGUUUUGGCUUCACAGAGGAAUUAAUAGAUGUCGCCUAUGAUGUAGAGGAUGUCAUCGACCUCCUUAUACUCAAAUCAGCAGCGCAAGGAAGGAGAAGAGGAAUUCUUGAAGGUUUCAUUUUGUUUAUUUGUGAUUUCAUUGAUCAAUCUCAACUUCACAAGAAGCUGGAACGGAUUAAAGUUAAGAUCCCUGCUCUUCCUCCUCCAGUUUUAAUACUAUGUAGUCGAAGCCAUUCUGAAGACAUUGAAGAAAUAGACUGGGCGUGCUCCAGCUCAGUACAGGAUCAAAGCCUAGCCAAUACAGUUGUCUCCCCCGUCAUAGAGAAAGCUACAGCUCUGCUAGCUCAGGAGUAUAUUCAUCCUGAAGUGAAGAAGAAGGUCAGGCGGGUACAAGACAAGUUCAGUUUGAUGAAUGGUUUUCUCAAAGAUAUAGAGGCUGUAGAACUAGAUGACAGAGGAAUGGUUUGGAUGGAGGAACUGUGUGAUAUUUCUCGUUCUGCAGUCGAUGUCAUCGGGCUAUUCAUUAACAGAAGAGAACAGCUCAAAAGGAAUUGGGGAGGACCUUUGAUGAGAGUCAUUCUGGCUUUAGACAAUUUUCUAUCUCAGCAUGAGUUUUCCACCCAGAUGGACCAACUGCAUACCAAGCUCCUGGACAUUUCUGUAAGAAGGCCAAAUAUAGUCCAUGGAGAUAGUCGAAGCAGAAAGGUAGGUAUUUCAUUUCCUGAACUACUACAAAAGCUAAGGGAGCGUCGAAUACAGCUAGAACAGGGGGUUGAGAACCUGGAUUUCGUCAGCUUUGAUGAUGAUGUACACGCCCUGGUGACACGGUUGCUGGCUGGUGAUAACCAUUUCUUUGUGGUUUCAGUUGUGGGCAUGGAAGGUACUGGUAAGACAACACUAGCAAAGUUGAUCUAUCACAAUGAUGCUGUUGUCAAUCAUUUCCAUUAUCGUGCUUUUGGUUUUGAACUUCUCAAAGAUGUCAGGAAACACUUCGGAGAGCCAGGCUCUUCGAUGUCACCAGAAAAAAGGGCGCAACCAUUCAAAGCUUUCUUGGCUGAUAAGAGGUGUCUCAUAGUUCUGGAUGAUGCCCAAGAUCAACAUUUCAAGAAUGAAAUGAUAACAGCACUCCGGGACACAUCAAAUGGGUGUAGAAUGAUUUUGACAUCUUGGGUUACAGAACUACCAUCAAACCUCCAAAUAGGGAGUCUUUACUAUGGACUAAGACUACGAAGAGAUGAUGAGAGUUGGGCAUUGUUUACCCAUGCAAUGAAGAUAAGCAUACCCCAAGAACUGCUAAAGUUUAGAAGGGAAAUCGUGAGAAGAUGUGGAGGAUUGCCACGGGUGAUUGUAAAAUUGGCAAAUGCAUUGUCACAGAAGGAACCAACAAUCGAGGAGUGGUCUAGUGUGCUGCAACAGCUGGAUGGAGAUCAAGAUCUUUGGUCCAAUGCUUUGAGCAGGAUUAAUAAGGGUUUGCCCUUGUAUAUGAAGCGCUGUCUCUUUUAUUUUGGAUUGUUUCCUAAAGAUCUUGAUAUCCCAGCAAGAAGAUUGAUCAUGUUGUGGGUUGCAGAGGGUUUGGUCCAGCCAGAGGGUGGGAAUGAAGCUCCAGAAGAUGUUGCAGAGAGGUGUUUGAUAAAGUUGAUAGCUCAAGGUAUGGUUCAAGUGACGCAGAAAAAGCUCGAUGGGACUGUUAAAACUUGUCGCCUGCCUUAUGUCCUGCAACAGGAAUGGUUAGCAAAAACUCAAGAAGCUACAUUUCUUCAAUAUCAUGCCAAAACAAGAUCUGAGUUGUCCCCAAGCACUGGUCUAAUCCGCCGACUUGUGGAUCAUCUUGACAAUGAAGAUGUCAGCUUUGGUCAUAUCCAUGGUGAUGAGAACACAACUUCCACUUCUUUGAAAUCUCACUAUCAAGAUGUCCUUUCUUUUUUGUCAUUUGAUGCUCGAGAAGGAAGCAAACCGGGAGAAGACGUAGGAAAUUUUCUUCAUGAAUGCAUUUCUAGCAGUUGCUUCCUAUUGCUCCGAGUCCUUGAUCUGGAACAUGUAUUCAGACCUAAAUUGCCAAAGCAACUUAGUAAACUAACUCGUUUGAGGUACCUUGGCUUGAGAUGGACGUUCCUACAAAUGCUUCCAUCAUCCAUAAGCAAGUUGCAAAACCUCCAAACACUGGAUUUGAAGCAUACUUAUAUCGACAGUCUUCCUAGUUCGAUCUGGAAGGUCCAACAACUGCGGCAUUUAUGCUUAAGUGAGAGUUAUCGGAGUAAGUUUAUGCCUCGACCAAGAGUUGGAUCUCUGACAAGUCUCCAAACAUUGUGGGGUCUAUUUGUAGAUGAGGAGACACCAGUGAAGAACGGCCUGGAUAGGUUGGUCAAUAUUAGAAAAUUGAGUUUGACAUGUCGUUUGACACCAUCUCAAGAUGAGGCAAUGUUGCAACAGCUGGAGGCAGUGUCUAACUGGGUUCUGAAACUAAAGCAUCUUCAGUCUUUGAGGCUGAAGUCAGAUGAUGCAGAUAAUCAGCCUUGGGAUCUAGACCUGAAGCCUUUGUCAGGCCACGCAAAUCUCUCUAGUGUAUAUUUGCUUGGGCGGUUAAAGAAUCCAUCUAUUGUGUCUGAAUUCCCAGAGAGCCUCACUGACCUUACGCUAUCAGGUUCAAGACUGACAGAAGACCCAAUGCAAACAUUAGAUAAGCUCCCCAACCUAAAAAUUCUUAGGUUACUCUCCAAAUCUUUUGUAGGAAAGGAAAUGCUUUGCUCUUUAGGAGGCUUCCCUAAGCUUCGAAUUCUUAAAAUAUGGAAGCUAGAGCUGCUGGAGGAGUGGAAUGUUGAAGAAGGUGCACUACAAGCUCUCCACGAUUUGGAGAUUAGGUCCUGUCUAAAGUUGAAGAUGCUUCCUCAGGGAUUGACACAGAGGACCCUUUGGAAUUUGAAAUUAACAGACAUGCCUAAUGACUUCACUACAUAG